UUUAUAAAUUAUUAUAUUUGUAGAUAACUCAAUGGGAAUGAUGGACAGUAAAAUGAUCAAAGAAAUAGGUGAAGCGUAUGAGCAAUUAGCAUCUUUGCAAGCGGAAAUUGAUCAGCUUCGAAAAGAACUCGAACAAUUACAAUGUAAAGAAGAUUUGACAGAUAAAGAGAAGUAUAUUUUAGAGAAAAAAAGUCGGGAUGUUAUAAAAAAAACGGCAGAACUUGAUGCUUUGACUAAAAAGAUUCAAAAAGUUCUGGAAGUCACAGAUCCUGCGUCUAUUGAUGGUUACGUUCAGGCCCUGGGACUAAUUUCUCAAUCUGAAGAUAUCAAGGAGGAUGAAAAAGUUAAAGUUCAAUUUCGGAAAAACUGGGAAGCUACUUCUCAAGAUGAAUGUUUCGAGUUACCUCAGCAAGAAUAUCCUGAAGACAAAUUGCCGAGGAUAAUCGUUUGUGGCAACACUGAAGAAAGAAUCCCCAGAAUUAUUGUAGCUGACAGUAAAAAAAAAUUCAACAAUACCAAUAUAGAAUAUUUGGAAAAAAUAGCGGUAAAAUUUUCAGAUGCUCUCAAUGUCCAAGAAAAACUUGCUCGUGAAAAUGCUCAACUGGAAGGUGGCAAAUUUAAAUUAGAGCAGGCCUUGAUAGAAAGGGACGACGUCGUUGAAGAUCUUCAGCGAACAGUAUGUAACCUUCAAGCGGAAAUGCGUAUGGUUAUGAAAAAAAAUACGGAAUUGAGUUAUCAAGUUGCGACGUUAAAUGAACAAGUUGUAAACUACAGUUGUCCUGGGUCGUUUCAAAACUCUCCACGGUCAGCUAAUUAUCAGACUAGUCCGCGUUACAACAAUUCUAAUUACUGUCCAAGCAAUACAGAACGUUCACGAUUGGGUGGCGGUGGAUCCGGACAUGAUAUUUGCAGUCAACUUGGAUGCUGUCGGCCAGGAAUGUCUCCAGUUUCAAUGACUGAACUCAGAUUUAAACGUGGUGAUUGUCCUGCGGAAUUAGGAAACAAGUUGUUUGAUUGCGAAACUAAUACACAGCAACUGGAAGAACAAUUAGGCAGUAUAGAGCAAAAUGUUCAAACAAUAAAAAAAGAAUUAGCAACUGUGACACGUGAAAAAAUUCAAUUAGAACAGCAAAGAAAAUUAUUAAGGUGUACAGCACCUUGUGCGCCUUGUCCUUGUCCUAACCAAGGUGAUGUUCGUGGUUCACCAUCAGAUCGUGGAGUUCUGAAACCUUUACCUGAAGAAAUUCCGUUUCCUAAAAUGCUUCAGGCGACUGGUAUUCCUUCCUGUACUGGAGUAUGUACGCACGCUCCAAUGGGCGGUAGUAAUUGUCCGUUGCAGCAAUUGCGAGAUCUACGAGAGCAGUAUGCAAGACUAAAAGAAGACUACAACAAUAAAUUACGUGAAGUUUCUUAUUUGAGAACUGAUGCCGAAAAAAUGAAGCAGGAGACACGUGAUGCCAAAGAUGAGAAGGAAAAGGCUGAGAAUCAACUGAUAGAUUUGCAAGAGCGAUUAAAGUGUUUUGAAUCGGAUAGAAAUAGAUAUGUUGGUAGCAAAGAACAGAUGGUGGAACAGGAACAGACGGUGAUUGUUGCUCGGCAGCGAUACAGGGAAGCGCAAGAAGAACUCGAAGAAUUGAGAUCUAUGAUUCAGGAUCAAGCCAAUCAGUUAGAGGAUUAUCGAAAUAAGUAUUUACAGGCUCAGGAACAAGUUGAAGAUCAGAGAAGGCAGUUAGAGCUGAUGGAAAUGGACAAUGCUCGGAUGAAUGAAAAUGUUACACUUGAAUUAGGAAGAGUUAAGAAUCAAUUUCAAGAAAAAUUGGCUGAAUUGGCUCCACUUCCUGACAUUCUUAAACAAACGCAAUUGAAACUUCAAGAAUGUCAACAAAUGCGUUUAUUAGCGGAGAGAAAUUGUGAAGAGUUAUCGCGUGAAUUAAUGCAUUGUAAAGAUAAAAUUGGAGCUAUCACCAGCCAGUCAGAGAUGCUAAGAAGUGAAAAUGUUCUUCUUAAGGGAUCAGAUCAACAAGAAGAUUUGGAAAAUAGAAACCGCGAAUUGAAGAAUGAAAAUGAACGAUUAAAGAAUGCUUGUGCGAGAUCCGAAGAACGCGAGAAUGAGUACAAGCAGAGAAUUGAAGAAAAAUUACACGAAAUUGCUCAACUGUCAUCGAUGUUGGAGCAAGUUAGAGAAGAUUCGGCCAGGCAAGUGGCAAGAACGAAGGAGAGAUGUGAAACUAUACGUCGAUCUAUGCAAGCACAGAUAGGUGAUUUGGAAAAACAACUGGCGCAAUGCAGGGCAACGACCAAAGCUGCUCAAAGAGACAAAGAUGAGAUACGACAAAAGAUGCAGGGUCAAAUAAAUCAUUUGAGUGAAGCUUUCGAACAAGCACAAUGCCGAAUUCGAACUCUUCAAGGUCAAGUCAGUUAUUUGAACACUUCUUACAGCAAUGUUUUCAAUGUUGGAGCUCGUGUUGAUACUCCUGGUCCUUCAAUACCAAUUGAGAAUAGUCCAAAUCUCUAUGAUACUUGCAAUUGUAAUUAUUGAUAUAUAAAAAUAAAAUGAAUUAUA